AUUUAGCCCCUCAACAGUGUUCCCUCACUGCUUCUAUUCUUGAAGCUGUCCGAGACUGGUAUGUAGCAGUUCUAUUUAGUGUUCAAUCCACAGGUAAAAGUAGUAUGGAGGGGGUAAUUUUUGUGAGGGGAGUAUCACUAGAAUACCCGUGGGCACCAAGUUAGACACCCUUAAUGUAUAAAAUAACCACGGUAUAUGUAUCCUUUACAGCAUUAAUUCUCGGAAAUUUUCAAAAUCAUUGUUUGAGUGACUUUUGAAUUAAUCUUAUACGCAAAGAAAGUUCAUCUUUAAAAUAAAGGAUCAAAUUUCAACUGGGAGAAAAGAAAUCUCCAAGGAAAUAAGUGGAAUUAACAUAACAUUGAAAUAUAGUAAUAAUACAAUAAAUAAAUUUAUUACAUCAUAAACACAAAUUUAAAUUAAGAGUAUUGUCCAAAACAUUUAAAAGCACAAAUGUGGAUUCAACGUUCGAUUUGUACUCUCACGAAAAUUUCAGGAGGAAAUAUAACCUUUUUUAAAAAAGUACAUUCUAACACUGUAAGAACGUUCUAUAAUGACAAUGCUGCCAUCAAGUUUUUGAUACGCAAUAUAAAUCAAAAACGUUUUGAUCUUUCUAAUAUAGCAUAUAAGGUGGAAGAGCCUAGGAAAGAGGAAAAAUCAAUAUUUGAUUACGUAUUUACUCCACAAAAAGCACGUGAAAAACACGAUUUUUUAGCAUUUUAUUUUAAGACAUGGUGGCAACACAAGGUAAAAGAAUGGAAGAAAUUUAUAAAUAAAUUUUGGUACGAAAAGGCUACGGAGUUUGGACCCAAUAUAGCAGCUGCUGUACUUGUUUUGAAAUUUGGUGGAAGAGUGAAGUUCUAUCAUAAAAAAGAUUGGUUCAAAACAGGUCAAAUUCGUUUGCCAUUUAACUAUGAUCCUGAAUAUAUUGUAGAAGGAUUAGACUUAAAGGCAUAUCCCAUAGAAUUUGAAGAUCUUAAUAUCUUAUGUAAUCUUUUUCAACUUCGGUUGCUAUGUCUCAAAGGAUGUAAAACCAUUGAUGAUUGGGCAAUAGACAAGUUAGCUAUGGAAUGUCCUUCACUAGAAUACCUUGAUGUAUCAAAUUGUAUAAAUUUGACAGAAAAAGGAUUAGUAGCAUUAUAUAAAAUGCCAAAUCUAAAAAAAUUAAUUGUCACAGACUUUUAUAACUCUGCUGCAUUUAAGUUAACUUGUUUCAUGUUAGAAGAUAUAAACCCAUACUUAAAAUGUGAAAUACACACACCAGAAAGUAGUCUUGUAGCAGACAGCUGAUAAUUUUGAGAAAAAUACUGUAGUGCGUUUAUAAAUUCAAAAAUACAUUGUAUUAUCAAUAUAUAAUAACUACAUAUUCUAUUUGUAAUAACUAAGUAUUCCUUACUAAUUUGUUCUUUUCCCUACGUUUCUUUAUAUAGUACAAUUCUGCUUUAUUUGAAAUUCCAUAAGUUUUUAUAUCUUCUUUAUCGUCUAUUAAUUUUACGUUUUCGAAACAUAAAUAAUAUUUUUUCCAUACAUGCUUCCAACUUAUUAUUCUUUUAACA